UCGCCACCUCAGAGUAGGCCAUCAAGCGAAUACGGAAUGCGUAAUCCUGGAUCCCUUUCUGCAAGAACCCCGUCAAGGUCAUCAAUAGAGUCGACCUUCACUGGAUCGAUCUAGGCCAACCUCGUUGACUGCCACCGACUCAACAUACGGGAAGAAGAUAGGGAGACCGUCGGACGAGUCGAUAAAUGAUAUGUUUGAGCAGAUGCUGUCGCGUAGAGGGAUCCAUGAUCAAAAUAUCAUAUCCACCAUGUUAAGUUGGGACUCUGAAAAGAAGUGGCUCAUGAUACAACAAGACCAUCAAGCAGAGAUGCUAGCUGCUGGUGUGAAGUCUCAGCAAUCGUUCGAUGAUAAGAACCCUGCAGCCGCUCCAUUAGUCAACAUUUUGAAAGAAAAAGCCGGUGAAAUGCUGACCGCGACUAUUGAUGCUGGGCAGCGUGCUGUGGAGCGACAUACCGGUACUGGGGCUCUGACACCUCCGUUACCUGCAACUCCGGCUCAUACACCGGCUCAAUAUUAUGAUAGCUCGGUCGCAGAUCGAAACACGCCUGAAUUUUUUAUUAGGAAAUUCAUGGAAAAAGAUUUGCGAGCUGUUACUCCGUCAAUUGCUGGGCACUUGGAAGUUAGUCUCCGAACAAGACCACUAGAUUGGCUAUUGAAGUUUUUAGAUCUUAAGGGUGUCCGAGUCUUAACCAAUGGAUUGUCCUACCUGAACCAUGGCCCAUCAAGAGAUACAGCAUUGGAACUGGAAGCAGAAAUUGUUAAAUGCUUCAAGGUCUUGCUAAAUAACAGAUGGGGUGCGAAGGAAGCUUUAUUGGAUGCAGAAUCCGUGCAUACUCUGGUAUUCUCCAUUGUUUGCCCGCAAUGGCAGACCCGUAAGACCGUAUGCGAGUUGCUCACGUUCCUGUGUUAUUGUGAACCUCCCAAUGGCCGUAACGAAGUCAUGAAAGGCUUUGAACUGCUUCGACAACAUCGCAAAGACCUAAGUAUAUUCGAUGGCUGGCUGAAGGAUUUAGAAAAUACUCUAGAUGGACGAGGCAAGAUGGGUUCCUUAGUAGGCGCAAAUGACGAAUUUAGACGUCUUGGAGUGUUCAAUGCUCCUGAUAGCCAUCUCAUGGAAUAUGCGCUCUCCAAUAUGAUCCUCAUCAAUUCCAUCAUCAAAGUAGAACAAGAUGUCGCCGCUCGAAUUCAGCUCAGAAACCAACUAAAUGCCGCUGGAAUGCAAGCUCGUGUGCUUGGAAAACUAGAAGAUUUGGAUUAUCGAAGACUUAACAUUCAAAUAGAGACGUACAAAGUGCAAGCAGAAAAUGAUUUUGAAGAUUGUUUUGGCGAAGAACAAUCGUUAUAUGGCAAUAUUGAAGAGCCUGAGCAACUUCUUUCUCUCAUCUUGGCCAAUUUGGCUGACACUCCUGAAGCUGUUACACAUUUGGUGGCAACUCUUCGUGGUAUGCUUCUCAUCAAAGGCGAACAAUCUACCAAAACCCGGUAUCAUCAAAUGAUUAGCACCCUUGUGAAUCAAAUUGUUAUGGAUCGCCGAGGUGUUGGAAGCGAUUUCUCGUCGACAUAUGGUGUUUCAGUUGGCAACUUGAUCCAAAAGUUUUCGGAUAUUGAUCGUCUGCAAACAGAAGCCGAGCAAUUGACUGGUGCAAAGGAUACAAUUGAGGAACUGCAAAAGGAGAAACAAGAGCUGGAGCAGGAAGUUGCUAGGCUCAAGGCUUCGAGUGCUGCCACGCCAUAUAAUGUUGACAAGUCUGCUGCGCUUCGCUAUGCUACUGAGAAUGCCUCACUUAGAGACCUUUUGCGCAAAUCUCGCAAUACGAUCACUUUAUUGCAAGGUUCACUCACUGAUAGGAACGAAACCACUUAUAUUGACUAUCCGGAUCCUAUGGCUGAAUAUUACAAUCAGGAUCAGGAGCCAAGCAAAAUCGUGCUUGGUGGUGAUUGGAAGACUACAGCACAACGCCCGCUAACGCCAUACAAUAACAUGCCUCAGCAAAAUCUUCAAUCUCCUCAGGUGCCAUCUACGCCCAUAGCAACUGGUGCAAACAUUGGCGCUGGUGGAUUCUUCAUCCCAGGCUCUGGAAUGCCUGGUACCAAUGCAGAUCCAUCCACUUACUAUCCAACUCAGGAACAGCAAGCCUAUCCUCCUCAGUCUCCUGGCUUUCAAUCACAGUAUGCUGCCGGAGGGUUUGUUUUCCCUGGUACGCCAAUGUCUCCUGGCUAUCAAGCAGCAGUAUACCCACCAAUUUAUACAAACAAUCAACCUUAUCCUUACGGCACAGCAGAUUCUGUAAUGCAGCCACACGGAAUAAGCCAUUAUCCGUCUGUUGGAGACAGUACUCAGAUGCAAAAUAUCGGUGCUGCUGGUGAUGCUGUGUCUCACUAUAGUGAUUCAACCAUCGCACCAUCCAUUACAUCAACUCAACCAGAAAAAGUGCCUGACACUGCCUCAACUGGGGCUCCUCCACCCCCACCCCCGCCUCCACCACCACGUCCUCCGGUUGCUUCGGCUUCAGCUCCUCCUCCUCCUCCUCCUCCUCCGCCACCACCGCCUCCUAUGCCUUCUGGAGGUACACCUGCUGCAGCCCCACCACCACCACCUCCUCCGCCACCACCUCCUCCAGGCACUGCAAGUCAACCUGGACCUCCACCCCCUCCCCCUCCCCCUCCUCCUCCUCCUCCAUCUGCUGCUGGUGGCCCACCACCCCCUCCACCACCUCCACCACCCGGUCCCGGAGGACCGCGAAGACCAGCUGCCCAGACAGCACCGAUUGGCCCGUCGCGCAAGCAACUUCGUCACUAUCCUCAAAUCAAGAUUCGAAACUUCCAAUGGCAAAAGAUUGAAAAGUCCAAGACAGAUCAAACUAUUUGGAUGUUGGAUGGUGUGAAUGAGGAUGAAAUUGAAGAUUUACUUGAACAAGACGGUGUAUUCAGUAAGAUCGAAGAGUUAUUCCCAGUUCAAUCCAAUACCGUGUUUGAAGAGAAGAUGAAACAACGCCAGGCUGAAAAGAAGGACGCUGUACGGUUUUUGAGCAAGGAUAAGAGCCGCAAUAUCAACUUGGCCAUUAUACCCAAGAUAAAGAAUAUGCCUCUAUCUGAUGUUCGUCUAAGGAUUUUGCACAUGGAUGAUGGCUUCUGUACGGAUAUAUUCCUAAGCAAUCUUAUUGCCUUUGCACCUACAAACGACGAUGAUUUGAAAACGAUGGAAAUUUACAUGAAGAAGUCGCCUGAAGAAUGUGAAGAGCUGGAUCUGCCAGAGCAACUCACCAUAGAGAUGAAGAAAAUCUAUAGAUAUGAGCCACGUCUCUCUCAUAUGCAAUCUCGACUCAGCUUCCUGGAGCGCUUUGACCAACUGCGAGACAAUAUGACAGUCGUGUUAGAGGCUUCGACCAGCAUUCGUAACUCCAAGAGCUUCAAGCAGUUGCUCUGUUUGAUCCUUACGGUUGGUAACUACAUGAAUGCAUCUGGCAUUCAAGGCGGUGCUUUCGGUCUCAGAAUUGGCAGUCUUAACAAGCUGCCGGAUACAAAGUCCUCAACCACAGCGUCCAUGAAUCUAUUGGGAUUUUUGGUCAAUGUCGUUCGUGAGCAUUUCCCUCACCUGUUGGACUUCCAGGAAGACCUGAAAGAAGCGGGAUCCGCGGCAAGAAUAUCUGCCAGCAUCAACGAUGUGAUCAAGCAGUACACCGACCUACGCCAAGGAUUGAAACAACUCAACACGGAGUUGGCCGAAUUCUGGUCUGAUGAGAGUAUUCUGGAGGCCGAAGACAAAUUCCCAACGGUGAUGACCAAGUACCGCACUUCUGCUGCCGCCAAGUUUGAACAACUAGAGGCUCUCUACGUCAAUAUGGACGCCAGUUGGAAGGAUGUCAUAGUGUACUAUGGAGAGAAUCCCAAGAUGAUGCGACCUGACGAAUUCUUUGCUGUGUUUGCACGAUUCUUGGACAACUGGGAGAAAGCUGUACAGGCGGAUGAGAAAUACAAAGAGAAGCUUCUGAAGGAGGAGCAAAAGAGGAAGCUUGAAGAGGAACGCAAGGAGAGGCUCCAGCAAAAGCAAGCCAAGGAAAUCGAUUCGGUCGAUAUAUCAGCUCAAGCUGCUACCGGUACUGACGAUGAUCGACGCAUGAUGGACAACUUGCUUGACAAGCUGCGAAGCGGUGAAGUGGAGGCACGCACACGUCGUCGGCAGAAACCACGUCGCAAUGAAACCGGGGAUGCUUCCACGGCAAAACCUGAACAUGUUCUAGAUGAAAUGGACACUUCUGUUUCCGCUCUUGACUUGUUGAAUAGUUUAGACAAUCUGUAGUCCAAGCAACUCUUCAUACACAUACACUGGAUACCUCGUUACUUUCAAAAAAUGAAGAAGCCCGGUUUGUUUUUGUGUCAACUUGCAUAUAUGUCAUUACCCCCUCCAAAUAGCUACAAUGUCCAUACCAUUUCAACCAAUCGUUAGCUAUAUAUUAUUUUGUCAUAUUAAUAAUAUCUUGAGAUAAAGAAAGUAAUAAAGGAAAAAAAAAAAGAGCACAUAUAUAGAAGGUGAGCUCAGGUACUGUGGGAAUUCA